AUGUUUCCCCCUUACCCCGACCCUGGAGAUUCCGAUGGUUCGUGGAAUGAUGAAUUCAAACUCAGACUUUUAUCACAGAAGUGGGAGUUGGUCAGUGAUUUUAAAUUUCCAUCGAGAAAUAUUGGCGGUAAGGAGAGAAAGUUUAAUGCUAGCUGGUUGUCCGAGCACACAUGGUUACGCUACUCCCUGAAGAAGGACGCUGUGUUCUGUGCUUGUUGCCUGGUGUUUUCAAAAGGUGAGAAGGAAAAGACGUUUAUCAGGACCCCUGUUAACGACUGGAAGAACUUUUCGAAACUUGUCAAAACGCAUGCAUCGUCUGCAAAUCACAGAGGUUGUUCAGUUCUUGCUGAAAAUUUUGUUGAUGUAUCCACUGGUAAAGCUCUCUCCAUUAAUCAGCAAUUGUCAUCGUCUAUUAAAUGCACAGUGGAGCGAAACAGGCAUGUGCUGUAUGAAAUUAUUGAAACCUUGGUUCUCCUAGGAAAGCAGAACAUUGCUGUAAGAGGACAUACUGAGGACAGGAGUAAUUUUAUGGCAAUUUUGCAGUCCAAAGCAAGGAAUGACGAAAUUCUGGCAGAUCAUCUGGCAAAUGCUCAAUCAAACGCAAAGGUAGAAGAGAAGCAUGUCGUUCGGGAACAGUUUUUAGGGUUUGUCACUUGCAAGUCUAUAAAGGGAGUAUAUUUGGCACAAGGCAUACUCGAAUAUCUGCAAGGCACCGGCUUAGAUAUUUUGAAGAUUCGGGGCCAGUGUUAUGAUGGCGCAGGAAACAUGGCGGGCAAGUACAAUGGUGUUCAGGCGCUCAUCCGUGAAAGAUUACCACUCGCUCACUACACCCAUUGUAAGUCACAUUGCCUAAACCUGUCAUUGGUCCACAGCUCCAAACUUCCAUGCGUCAGGACCAUGAUGUCUACAGUGCAGGAUAUCGCCUUUGCGUUUGACUACUCUGCGAAACGCCUCACAACAUUUGCAGAUGAACUGUCAGAAGACGUUGUUACAAAGCAAUCGAUGGAAGGCCGACAGAAGUUGAAGACCUUGUGUGAAACAAGGUGGAUGAGCAGGGCAGAUGCGCUUCGUACAUUCAAGAAUGCCUACCGCGUUGUCGUCCAUGCGCUCGAAACUCUGCAGGAAAAUGGUGACGUCAAAGCCAGCGAUCACCUCAACGCUAUUCUGCAGUUCCAGUUUAUUGUUACUCUUGUGGCAACAGAGCACAUCUUGAGCAAUCUAGUAGGACUUACAGCAGUUCUUCAAGCGGUGGACAUGGAUCUCUUGGAGGCAAUCGAGCAAACGAAGGUGGUCAUGCAGAUAUAUCAAGCUGAGAGGGAUGACCCCCUUGUAUGGGAUGCCCUUUAUCAGGAAGCUGUGACCGUAGCUGACGAGUUCCAGAUUGACCCAGCAGUGCCACGACAAGCAGCCAGACAGAGGAACAGGGCGAACUAUGAUGUACAGGACCCGAGUCGGUAUUGGAAGGUCUCCGUCUUCUACGUUUUUGUUGACCACUUGCUUCAAGAAAUGGAUACUCGUAUCCUAAAGAAUGAAGAGCGCUUCCAGGCUCAAUGGUUAAUUCCAACCAAAUUUGAAGGUCUCCUGCCGGCCAAUGUGGACAGGAUCUACGAGGCCUAUGAACCAGACCUGCCCAAGACUCGGCAAGAGUUCAGCGAGGAAGUAAGCAGGUGGAAUCUGCGAUGGCAGCUGAAUGAUGCAAAGCCUUCGACACUGCUGGCGACACUCAACAAGACAUCGGAGGCAGCUUAUCCCUGCAUAUACAUUAUACUGCAAAUACUGCUGACCAUGUCUGCCACAUCCGCCUCAUGUAUUAAAAAGCCAAACAAACCAAGUGUUUAUGGGACCGGCGCACCGUAA